AUGUCUAAAAAAAACCAAAAUAAAAAUCCACCUACCGGUGAGGAGAAGGCAAGCGAGGUUAGCUCGCUUGGAGGCGAUAGUGAGGGCCAGGGCGGCUCUCGGGUUCGUGGGGAGGCGCUGGUCCCGUCCAGCAAGUCCCGUGCACGGGCCCCGGGGAGGAAGGAGUCGGACUCAGAGUCCGACUCAUCAUUGUCUGGCGUCAGCAUCGCGCUGCGCCACAAGAAAGACCGGGGCGUCUUUAAACGUCCCAGGCUGGAGGAUGGUCGAGAGCCGUCCUCCAACGAGCAGGAGGCCCCAGCCCCCAAAAUCCCCACGGCUGCGCGGGGUAGGGGCAAGGGGAAGGGCUCCACAAGGGCGGCUGGGAGCCGAUCUGAGCCGGCAGAGCGGCUGGCAGCGGAGGGGAGCGCCCUGGGAAAGGCUGCCCCCUCGGACUCCUCGGAGAUGGAGGUGUCCGGCGGUGAGGAUGCUGUAGGCGGCGCUGAGAGCCUCCGCCUCCAGGUCGGCAAACGAGCAGACGGAUUACCCGAUGGUAAGCAAUCAGCGCCGCCCAUGAACACCCGCAACGGAGGAGUUACGAUAUCAUCAGCGCAGCGCGAACUCGGCAAGGGUUCGCCGACGAACGCCUCCGCCACGGCAUCGCCGGCCGGUUCCGUUGACAACGCGAUCCGGUCCGGAGUGGCCCUCGAUGGCCCAAGGCCAACACCUCGGACCGGACCUUAUUUCGACCUGAUGGCGUCUAAGAACGUGACAGCCCUGCUCGGAAAAACGGCAUAUUUAAAUUGCCGUGUCAAGAACUUAGGAAAUAAAACGUUAAACAUGCAAGUAUCGUGGGUACGGCACAGAGACAUCCAUCUGCUAACAGUCGGCCGAUACACAUACACGAGCGAUCAAAGGUUUAGAGCCAUUCACUUACCGCACUCAGAGGAUUGGACUUUACAGGUGGGUAAUAUAUUGAAUACCGUCACGUCAAAUAUCAUUGAAAGUUAG